AUGUCAGCUUCCAAUAUGAACCCGCCCGUGGGUGAGAGCUUUCCUGACUCGCACUCAGUAUCUGAUUCAUCCGAUACUAGCAAUGAGGAGGGAUGGGAAGAUGUUGAACCCGAUGAGGAGUCGCAGCCUGUGGUUGGAUUGUUCACUGACGAGGUCUUCCCUGAUGCACGCUCAAUGCUGAAGGAGUGCAAGGAAAAGUACAAUUUCGACUUCCUAAAGAUCCAGAAGGACCUUGAUCUGGAUUUCCUUGACAACAUCAAGUUGGUCAACUACGUCCGUACCGAAGUUAAAAAUGGCAACAACAACCCCGAUGUUUCGUCGAAGUCAAAGUUCGAGGACGAUGUCUACCUCAAGCCCGUUUUGGAGGACGAUGCUCUUCUGUAUAGCUUGGAUGACCUUGCCGAAGAAACAGGCGAGGACGCUGCUCCCGGCACAGAGACCAACCGACAGGUUCUCGAACUUCAGGAACAGUUGGAGCAGUUACAGACGCAAUUUUCUGAAUACCGCCAUGCCGUGCAAAAGUCAAUGGAUGAUCAAUUGUCGAAGGAGGAUGAGAAGCUCGCUGAAACCACCCCCCAGCCCUCAACCAAGGCCAUCGACAGACACCAAGAUGCCGAGGAUGGGUAUUUUGUCUCCUACGCUUACAACGGUAUUCACGAGUCUAUGCUGAAGGAUGCCGUCCGUACCGAUUCUUACCGUGAUUUCGUCUACGAGAACAAGCAUGUGUUCAAGGACAAGGUGGUUCUUGAUGUCGGCUGUGGCACUGGUAUCUUGUCCAUGUUCUGUGCCAAGGCUGGCGCAAAGAAGGUUAUUGCUGUGGACAACUCGAACAUUAUCGACCGAGCCAAGGAAAUUGUCCAUGACAAUGGCCUUGGAGAUGUGAUCACGUGCAUCCGUGGCAAGAUUGAGGAGGUCACCCUUCCUGUUGAGAAAGUUGACAUCAUUAUCUCCGAAUGGAUGGGUUACGGCCUCCUGUUCGAGGCCAUGUUUGAUUCCGUCAUCUAUGCCAGAGAUCGUUACCUCGCACCUGGUGGUCUUAUGGCUCCUUCGCACGCUACACUGCGCCUUGCUCCUUAUGCCGAUCCUGAUUUCAUCGCCUCGCACAUCUCAUUCUGGCACAAUGUCUACGGCUUCAAGAUGGACAGCAUGCUUCACAAGAUUUAUGAUGAAGCUGUGGUCCGCGGUACCCAGUCCUCGGCUAUUGUCGGAGAGUCCCAGAUCUUCUUGACACUUCCUCUGCACACCAUCACUGUGGAAGAGCUAUCGUUCUUGAAGGAAUUCCAGGUCACGUUGAACCAAGAUAUCGAUGCAUUGGAUGGAUGGGCUAUCUGGUUUGACAUCUUCUUCAUGCCCUCUCGGGAUUCUGUUCUCCCCGAGAACGCCAUUCCCUCGGAGAUGCAGAAGAAGGGAAUCGUCUCAUUCACCACCGGGCCUGAUGGAACUGAGACCCAUUGGCAGCAGACCAUCCUUCUCAUUGACCAUGCCAAGGACCAGGCUAAGGGAGGUUCCCAGGCACUGAAGAAGGGCCAGGUCCUUACUGGCAAAGUUGGUUACGAGAAGACUGAGAAGGGCUCUCGAGGAAUUGAUAUCAGCGUCGAGUGGACGUCCGAUGCGAGCGAAAAGGGUGUCCAACUUUGGAGCCUUCAAUAG